AUGGAUCUAGAAAAUGAAGACCGCUGGUAUAUCGACUCCGAUGCCGAGACAGAUUCUACGGAGACAGUCUAUUUCAAGGAAAACAGUGGCUUCUCCCCAUCGUGUGGCCUCUGCAGGUUUAACUUUAGUAUUGAUGACAGCGUUGUCGUUUUCAAAGAAAAGUGUGAACCGUGGACGACUACCUACUCAGAACCUGAAAUCUUGUGGACCAUUCACUAUUCCAAACACACCUUCCAUGCCGAAUGCGUUGAUCUGGCACCAGAUUUAAUGACCGAUCAGCGGCUGGAUCACGGCAUUUACAAUGCGACUAUCUUUGAACCUUUACAGGAAGGCCGAUUUCCCCUCCCUUCAAUCGAAAGACGACGUCUGAAAUGGUUGAAAAAGACCUUUUCAGAACAACUUUUUCAGACUAUCAAAAACCGCCUGCCACUUGAAGUGUGCGAAAACAUUGCCCAAUACUGUCUUCAAGAACGAGCGGUCCAGGUCGUUCGACACCACUCGCUCAGAAAGGACCGACCCAAGCCAGGUCGCAUCUCCGUGACUAUCAGAGAGGGCAAGCCUCUUUGGGCUCAGUAUGUGAACUAUGAAGGCAUCCGCCAUGUUAGAUCCCUCUCUUACCGUUCUGUCGGAGGUGACGAGACUCGGGUCCUUCCUGGCUCGCAGGGAAACGUCAACAUCUUGGUUGCCCAUGAUUAUCUGGGAGUGGUUGACAUCAUCGCGACCUCUGGUGAACAUGUGCCUUCGGUCAAGGAAGAGCCCGGAAGAUGGUGGACCUUGUUCACCCCGAGAAAAAUGCCAUUUUAUCUGAAAGCAAGAUUUGAUGGGAUCAAGCUUCGGGAACUGGCAGCUUACACUCGCAUUGACCAGCCGAGGUUUCCAGAAGAUCUACGGUGGUCAGUACUUCCAACAACCUUGGAUCCUAUUCCUGAGCCCCCGAUUCCUUUUAAAUCGUUCCUCGGGGACGAGGUCAUCUCGGCUAUUGAUUGGAAUCGGCCCGAUGUCAUCGGAUACUCAUUCUAUGGAUGGGACAACACCAUCAUGAAGAUUAUUCCUCACAAAGCCGGUGAGAAGCACCCUUACGACUUCGGCUCGACCUCACAGCUUGGAUUCGCCGCUAUGGUGUCAAGCUCGACAGUGACAGUCCUAACCCUGCGGCAAACCCUUAUACUUCGAACGAGUAAGGGCCGCCUACUCACUCUUGGCCCUCAGCUGAAGUAUCAGCAGCCUGUGGGAUACAAAACACAUGCCAAGUAUGACCUUGUCGGAACUUUUCCACAGGACUCUCCCUGCCGCAUGUACCUCGCGAACUGGGAAACGGGUGGUUCGUGGAUGAGGUUCGAGGGUGCAUCUACAUUCGCGAAGCUCAAACUCCGUGGUAGUCGGAACAGAAGGCUUGAGCUGCUUCCUGACAAAUGCAAGUACCGGUACUCUUCUGCCGAACUUGAAGGGGUCCGAACUGUCACCCCGUGUAGGUCCUGGCGCCAUCCUGACGGGAUCCUCGGGCUUUUGCUUACCUACGAGGACGGUCGCAAACGCUGCGUUGGCGAAGUCCGUCUCGACCACCUGCUUGCUCCGAUUGAGGUCACCUCUGACACCAUGUGGAUUGUCUAUCCUGAGACAGAUGAAAUCAGCUGGCGUGCUCAUGAUGAGGAUGGAUCUGGUGUUUACUUCGUCUCGUUUGAGGAACCAGAUGCAGAUGAAUGGGAGGGACAAUGUAUCAAGAUUCCUAUGCGAGGGCGUCUUGACUGGUACUUCAGUCAACGCCAGUGCCAUCUGUCCCACCGAGACGACAGUGAGCCCCAAGAUGAAUUCCUCAAGGCACUUGCAAAAGAACCUGCCCCGGGUACGCCUCGCCCGCGCCAGGUAGCCAAGCCAUUUUCGGUCCUCGUCGGACGAAGCGCGGGUUCGAUGGAGAAUUGGAAUUAUGAAAGAAGACAGUGGCACUGA